GUGUGUUUACUUUUACAUUAGUAUCAAUAUGGGAAAAUUAUGAGAGGUUUUCGAUUGAUGAUUGAUUAAAAAAACCCAAAAAACUCCCCCUAAAAUCUGGCUUUCAUCUACUUUGAAAGUCGAUGAAAUAACCAUGAAAGCACUUCCUCUGGAGACUGUGCGUCUACUCUCUAGCUCCCAAGUGAUCACAUGUGUCCUAAACGUUGUCAAGGAGCUGAUUGAGAACUCACUUGAUGCCAGUUCAUCAAGAAUCGAAGUUAAAUUGGAGAAUUAUGGUUUGGAUCGUAUUGAGGUACGAGACGAUGGCUGUGGAAUUAAAACAGCUGAUGUCCCUGCUAUGGCUUUGAAGCACUACACCUCUAAAAUCUCGUGCCAUGAAGACUUGGAGCAUCUUAACACAUAUGGCUUCAGAGGAGAAGCUCUUGCAUCUAUAUGUGCCAUUUCUGAGGUAGUGGUUACCACCAGAACAGCUGACGAUGAUGUUAGCACUCAGUAUACACUGGACCUCAAUGGACACAUUGUCUCCAAGAGGCCAUCUCAUCUUGGACAAGGCACCACUGUGUGUGUGAUGAGACUGUUCAAGAACCUCCCUGUCAGAAGACAAUAUUACUCCAGCUCAAAGAAAUGCAAAGAGGAACUCAAGAAGGUUCAGGAUUUGCUGAUGGCCUAUGCAAUUAUUAAGCCAGAGCUGAGGAUCACGUUGACUCAUAAUAAGGCCAUGUUCUGGCAGAAGGCCAAGGUGUCGGAUCACCGUGCGGCACUGGUGGCUGUGCUCGGGGCUGCCUCCGUAGCCAGCCUGCUCCCCUUCCAGCAUCGCCAGGAGCAACCACAGAUUGCUAUUGAAGGGUACUUUCCUAAGCCAGACUCAGACUUGAACUCAACCAGCUCAAGUACCUCUGACAAGACGUUCAUUUAUGUCAACAAUCGACCCGUGCAUCACAAAGAUAUCCUGAAGCUUGUCAAGCAGUACUAUGCUAAAGCAGCUCACGCUAACAGCGACUCAGCCAGCCACCGAUUCCCCAUCUUAAUGAUGAACAUCACCGUACCCGCAUCCAGCGUGGAUGUCAACCUUACGCCCGACAAAGUGCAGGUGCUUCUGGAGAACAAGGAUGCAGUGCUUUUAGCAGUGGAGUCAGUACUGAUCUCUUUGUAUGGCUCUUAUUCUGUUGGUAACGAUGUCCACAUCUCCGGAGGAGGACAGCAUUGCUCUAAGUUGGCUCGCCAGACGUUACUAGUAGGUGAAAGCAAGACAAGCCAUGAUGGAAUUCCCAUAGAAGGUGUAGCUCAGUCUAGCUCGGAGUACUGCAUUGUCCCUUCCUCAGCAAUGCUGGAACAUUCUAUCACAGACAAACAGCCCCAAGCCAGCGAGACGUCCUUGCCUGGUACCGCUAAUACAAGCUCUUCUUCCUCAUCGGAGGACUGGAUAAUCAACAAAAGCUUGAGUGAAUUCGAUACCACCACUAAUUUCUCUUCAUUUGUGGACAACGUUGUUUUAAACUCUACCACUGACCAAGAACGUAGCUCGAAAAAGGACAGCGCGCUGGCCCAAGGGGAUGAGAUAUCGCCCGAGAGGUGGUCCGCGGGCACGGCUCUCAGAGACCCUGCUACAGGACGGUGCCUCGAGCCUGUCAAGCUCCAUACACCUGAGUUACGGGGAGACGAUGCAGCCAUGCUGGAACCCAAGAGCAGCAGCCCGCCCAAGAGACCCUCAAACAUCAUAACAGCCAAGAUGGCCGAGCCGACGGCCUACGACCUGCUCGGCAACCGCGCCGUGCGUCAGCCGUUGUCUGCCCUCACCCUGUUUGAACGGGACACCAGGUCAUCCAUCCUCCUGGAGAACCCACGAGCCAGUCUGCAGGAUGUCACUUCGGCUGUGAAAGAACGAUGGGAAUGCCUCGGGGAGGAAGAAAGAAAGAAGUAUGAGGAGAAGGCCCAGAAAUCUAUGGAGUCUUAUAACCUGAAGAAGAAGCAGGCGGCAGUGACCGACGCCCCUGGAUGGGCUGACGAGCGGCCCUCAACGAGCAGGCCCCAGGGUCUGAAACGCAAGGCCCCCCUCUCCAAUCAGCAGAUCCUGGACCGCCUCUUCUCCUCUCAGCAAGAGCGCAGGGAGCCCCCAGCCAAGUUGUGCCGACCUCUCCCGUUCAGCAUCGAUGCCCUCAGGCGCGCACCCCAGCACAAUGGCCCGGCUGGCCCGAGCUCCAGGGGUCUCAGGCUUGUAAACUGCUUGGCUUCUCACUGUGCCUGGGCAGUUUUAUGUGGUAGAAAGCUCAUGUUGUUAAAUCCAUUUCGGGUGGAGGAGGCCUUGCUGUUUAAGAGACUUUUGGAGAAUAAUAUACUUCCAGUGGCCAGCCUACAGACUCCUAUACAGUUAACAGAUGGUGUCCUCGGUGGUGCCGAGUACAUGGAUGUCCUUAUGAGUAUGGAAAAGGGCAGUCCUUCUGUCAGCGGUGAGGUCCAGUUCACUGAUCCCAGACUGGUGGCCAAUGGAUUUCAAAUCAGACUUACUCCAGGUUUCCCACCUACGGGGAGGUGUGUUGAAGUGACAGGUAUGGCUGACUGCAUGCCUUUCUACGGCAUCACAGACCUGAGGGAGAUUCUUACGGCCGUGAAGGACAGUGGGGCGAAGGCAGUUCAGCAGUGCAGACCGCUGAAAGCUGCAAACUACCUCGAGGGCGAGGCUGUGAGGCUGGCCAGACAGCUGCCCUUCAGCUUGUCCAGAGAGGAUGUCAACAAUAUAUUGUUUCGAAUGAACCAAGAGCUAGAAGAGAAGCAGCAGGUGUGUCUUCAUGGACGUCCAUUUUUUUAUGACCUGGUUGAUGUUCCUGAAACAGAGCAGGAAACUCUCAAAAUUAAGUCCAGCACUUGAUCAUUUUGUGUUUUGCAUAUGAAGAAUUUUCCAAUUACACUCGUUACUAUUUACUUUGUCUAUUUUCAUUUGACUGUUGCCUUAAGUGGUGUGUCCUCUAAAUGUUUUGUUCCUAAAUACAUAUUUUUCCUGCAUCAUGUUCUCCAUUAUGAACAUUAAUUUCACUGUGGUAUUAAAAUAAGGAAAUGAAUAUACAGUAUUUUUGGUACUGGAAUUAUGACAAUAUGAAAUGUAUUUUUCUUGUGAGAGGAAGUUCUUAUUUCUCAAAGCCAAUGUUCAAAGUGACUAGAUUUACACUGGAAUAAAUUGCAUGUACAUAUGAGAACAUGGAUGAUAAAAGAAAUUUGGAGUGAAGAUGCAGUAAGACUUUGAGCUCAGUUAUGAUCUAUUUCCUAUGCAACAUAACACAAUUGUACUGAUUUUCUUGUAUGAUAUGCAGUGUUAUGAAUAACAUAAUAAACGAUUUAUAUGUUUCUAAUUUUCAA